CUCGGGACAGCAAUCUCACAUGAGUCAAUUUGCGCAUGCGUGGUCUCAAAUCAAUAGCAGAGCAGGACGAAGAGACAACUUUUAAACUUUAUGUAUGUUUUAAUGGAAGUUUUGUUCAGAGAAGACCCCGUAACUAAACCGAGAAUUGCGGACAUUUGCCGGAGAUCUCAACCUCAUAGUCGGGGUUAGACAUAAAGGAUUAAAGGACUUUAGUUGAAGGUUUCUGGAGGACUCGGAUAACGGCAGAGUGAACACACACACACACACACACACACACACACACACACACACACACACACACACACACACACACACCAUGUGGUGGUUCCAGCAGGGUCUGUGCUUCCUGCCCGCAGCGCUGGUCAUCUGGACGGCGGCAUCCUUCGUCUUCGCUUACAUCACAGCCGUGGUGCUGAAACAUGUGGAUCCUCUGUUGCCUUACAUCAGCGACACGGGAACGAUGGCACCAGAGAGGUGUGUGUUCGGCAUCAUGCUGGAUGUGUCAGCCUUUUUAGGAAUGGCGACGGUGUACGUGCGCUACAAGCAGGUGGAGGCUCUGACGGGUGAAGAGGAGCUGAAGCGGGUCAGACUGAACCGCUUCGGGCUGCUGCUCGGUCUCAUCAGCUCCUUCGGGAUGUGCGUGGUCGCCAACUUCCAGAAGACCACGCUGUUCUCCAUUCACCUGGUGGGGGCGGUGCUGACCUUCGGGGUGGGGGCUCUCUACAUCCUGGUGCAGACGCUGCUCUCGCUCUACAUGCAGCCCCACGUCCACAGCAAGAACAUCUACCUGGUCCGCCUGGGGGUGGGCCUCUGGACCCUCGGCAGCAUCAUCACCAUGUUCGUAUCGUCGGUCAUCAUGUACAGCAGUCUGCCGGGGGUCGACGUCGCUCACAAACUGCACUGGACUCCUGGAGAGACGGGUUACACGGCUCACAUCAUCAGCACCAUCUCUGAGUGGUCUCUGGCCUUCUCCUUCAUCAGCUUCUUCCUCACCUACAUCAGAGACUUUCAGAAAAUCACCCUGCGUGCGGAGGCGGACCUUCAGAGCAGCCACCUGUACGACAGCUGGUCUCAGUCUCCGCAUCACAAACGUGACGCCUCGGAGACGUCUCCUCUGCUAGCCGGAGGGACGUGACCGCAGAGCCUCCCGCUUUACACUAACCUUUUUUUAACUCGGUUACCUGGUUUUUUAUAAAGACUUUCUCAAAUCUGCUGUUUUGGGUCAGCAUAGUUGUAUCUAUCCAGUCAAAUCGUUUUGAUCAAAGCAUUUAAACACAACACACCUGGCUAAUCAAGCCAAACUAUCUGACUGGAGAGAUGUAUACAUUCAUUUUGUAUGUUAGGUGAACUGACCCUUUAGAUGCAAAUGUGACGCUUUGCACUUUGACCUAAAACUGCAUCAGUCCCUCUCAGUGACUUUGUCCACUUCACUUUAUAUCAUUACUUGCUAUUCAAUUGAAAAAGGCAACAUCUCACCACCUUAAUGAGUCCAUGAAGCCCACUGAGGGUCAUAUGGUUUCAACUGUAAUGGGAGUUUACAGUCUGUGCAUACAGGACCGUUGCAUUUUUAAAAACUAUUUCUAAGGAUGUUUUCCAAAUAUGCUAGCAAAUAAUACAGUGUAUUUUUCACAGUUUUUACUAUAACUCAAAUUCAAAAAUAUAUUAUAAACACCAUCAAAUGUGAUAAUCAUUUGUAUAUCAAUUACUAACCGGUUCUAUGUUUUAACAUCAUGAAUAAUGUCAUUUUAAAAUAACUGAUUAGCUUUUCAUUUUCAAUGUAAUAAUACUUUUUUUCAUAUUUUGUUGCUGCUUUAAUAUUCAUACUGUUUUUAAAACGGUAACAACUCUUUUUGUUUUCCAGAAAAUAUUUACAUUUAGCUUUUAGCUGAGACCAACAAUGGUUUCCAUUAACGAAACUUUUUGCACUAUGAGGCUGACAUUUGGCACGGAGGUUAAGUGUUAGUUCAGUUGUGUGUGUGCGAAUGCAUGAAUGUGUGUGUGGAUACAAUAUGUGAUUUGUUUCUGAAUAUUUCAUCAUUCAUUGUUUACUUAAAUGUUAACUAGAUAGCAUUAAUAAUUUUUUGUUGCCUUAUGUGUGUGUGUGUAUCCCUGUGUUUCCUCCGAGGGAGUUUCUCCAGACUCCAUAGUACCAUCUGUCUAUAUCAUAUAUUGACAUAUCUACAAUAUUUAAUCAGACACAAUCUCCUUACUGCUAACAUUGAGUUGCUAUUGUGCAUUGUUCUGUUGCUACGUUAUUCAUGUUGAGAGAAAUAAAUAUGUGUUUCUUGUU